AUGUCGUCAUCUACGUCCAACGGGUCUCAGCCGACUCCCGCGGGAGCCAUCGACUUUCUCAUGCUCCUCCAGCAGCUCAAGCUGACGAAGCGGACGGGAUGGGUGCGAAAGAACGUGAACGGACCGGAGAGCAUUGCCGACCACAUGUACCGCAUGUCUAUGAUGGCCCUCAUCGCCACGGACAGCGGAGUGGACGUGAACAGGUGCAUCAAGAUGGCUUUGGUUCACGACGUGGCCGAGUCGCUGGUGGGCGACAUCACGCCGCACUGCGGGGUCAGUGACCAGGAGAAGCACCUGAGGGAGCUGGCGGCAGUGGGCCAGAUCAAGGAGAUGCUAGGUGUAGACACGGCGGCAGCCCUCGAGGUCGAGUCCCUGUGGCUGGAGUACGAAGCAGCCAGUAGUCCUGAAGCCCUGCUGGUGAAGGACUUUGACAAGCUGGAGAUGAUCAUUACGGCAUUCCAAUAUGAGCAGGCCCAGCCGGGUAUGCUGUUGGAAGAGUUCUUCGCGAGCACCUCGGGGCGCUUCAAAACCGCGACAGGGAAAGCCUGGGCCGCGGAGCUUGUGGCGCGUCGCUGCAAGGCGCGGGGAAACGGCGAGCAGGCAGCGGUGGAGACGGCGGCGGCGGCGGCGGCCGCGACAGCGGAAGCAACGGCGGGGGGGGCUGUUGGCGCGCAGCCCUCCGCAGUGGAGCCCGGGGCAGGGGAAGAUGCAGUAGAGCCCGGCCUGAAGCGAGUGAAGAGCAGCGACGGGUAG